AGAGAUGUCAGCGAGCAGCUCCAGCUCAGAUGAUGCAGUGAUCCGGAUUCUUCUCAUGGGCAGAAACACUUCUGGGAAAAGCUCAUCUGGAAACAGUAUACUGAGAGGAAGAAAGUUUAAAGUCCAAAAACAUAAGAAGUAAAAUGAAUCAGAAUUGUGUGAGGGUCAGACUCAGAUCAGAGGGAAGCAGGUCUCUGUGAUUGAUUGUCCAGAUCUACUGGAUCCAGAUCUGAAUGAAGAGCAGCUGGAGAAGAUGAAAGAGCAGCUGCUCUCUGGAUGUUCAGCAGGUCUCAGUUCAGUUCUGCUCACCGUUCCUCUGGAGAAACCUCUGCAAAAUGAGCAAGAGAUCCUGGAUUAUAUUAAGCGUUUGUUUGGUCCUGAAGUUCAGAAGUACAUCAUGAUUCUGUUCACACGUAGAGAUAAACUGGAGAAUCUGAAUCAGACCAUUGAUGAAUAUCUACAAAAUCAUGCAGAUCUCCAGCGACUGGUGACUGAAUGUGGAGGAAACUUCCACUGUUUCAAUAACAAAUGUAAAGUAAAAAUUCAAGUUGAAGAAAUUCUGCAGAAGAUUGAAAAAAUGAUGAUGGAGAAUAAAGACAAAUUUACCUUGAAACAAAUGAGGAGGAGACCAAGCAUGGAAGUUCCUGAUGUCAUGUUUUCAGGAGACUCUCCAGCAGCAGAUCCAGAUGAGACUGAUGUGAUUCCUGAGAGCAAAGACCAGAUCAGGCUGGUUCUGCUGGGGAAAACUGGAGCUGGAAAAAGUGCCACUGGAAACACCAUCAUCGGCAGAAAUGUCUUUGAUUCUUCAGCCGCUUCAACCUCUCAAACCAAACAGUGUCAGUCAGCAACUAGAGUGAGGUUUGGUAAAGAAAUAUCAGUGAUUGACACUCCUGGACUUUAUGAUACUGAACACAGUGAAGAGGAGAUACAAUCUGAAAUAGGGGAAUGCGUAACGUUCACUUCUCCAGGACCACACGCUUUUCUCAUUGUGAUUAAAGUGGGCCGAUUCACCAAGGAGGAGAAAAAUACAAUAAAGAAACUUAAAGAAGUUUUUGGAGAACAGAUGGAAAACUACUCCAUGCUCAUCUUCACCCAUAAAGAUCAGUUGGACAAAAAGCAAACCAUUGAGCAAUAUCUAGAAAAAGGUGAUCCAGAUCUUAAAGAACUUGUAGAGAGUUGUGGAAACAGAUUCUUUUGUCUGGACAAUAAGUCCGCCAGUUUCCCACAGUUCAAAGAUCUGAUCAGUAAAAUAGAGACCAUGGUGGCAGAAAAUGGCCACUUUUCAAAUGAGAUGUUUGAGGAAGCAGAGAAAGGCAUUCAGGAGAUUCAGAAGGAGCAACUCGAUGAGAAAGAAAAGCAGUUCAAACAGAAGCACAAGCGAGUCCCUCAAACAGAAUGGCAGAAAAUAUACUGGCGUUUAGCAAAGGAGUCACGGCGUGAGGCUAAGAAAUAUUUUUCUCAGUCGUUCAUAGCAGAACUUCUUAUGUAUCCUAAUGUUAAAGGAUCAGAUAUACGCAGAGCAGUGGAGAUGGUGAGCCUCGUGGAGAAAGAGAGCACCAUAAAGGAAGCUGAGCGCAAAGGAUUCAGACAUGCAGAGGCCGUUCAACUCGCAAUCAGUGCUACACGGAAACUAGCAAAACAGAAAUUAUGUUCAAUUCAGUGAAAAACUUAAUGAGACAGAAGACCAUUUUGCCAUAAACAAUCUUUGUGUCCACAUUAAAGGCUUACAAUUUUUUUGGGAUUCCGGCGG